AGUCACAGAACCAAUCAUUUCGAGUUACUUGAAUCGAAAUCAAAUGGCGUCUCUUACCACCGUCGCCGCCGUUCAAUCCUCCGCCGCCGUCAACGGCCUCUCCGGCAGCUCCCUCGCCGGAACUAAGCUUUUCAUCAAGCCCUCUCGCCAGAGCUUCAGACCCAGAUCCACAAGGGUUGGUGCCGUGGUGGCCAAGUAUGGGGACAAGAGUGUGUACUUUGACUUGGAAGAUUUGGCAAACUCAACAGGUCAAUGGGACUUGUACGGUUCUGAUGCUCCUUCUCCUUACAACCCUCUUCAGAGCAAGUUCUUUGAAACUUUCGCAGCUCCGUUCACAAAGAGAGGAUUACUGCUAAAGUUCUUGAUUUUGGGUGGAGGCUCAACGCUGGCUUAUGUGAGUGCCAAUGCCACUGGUGACGAUCUUCCCAUCAAGAAAGGCCCUCAAGAGAAGCCUAAGCUUGGCCCUCGUGGCAAGCUCUAAUCUCUCCCUCUCUGUCUGUUGUAUUCUUUGUCUUAGUUUAUGCACUGCUUCUUCUUCUUCCUUUCUUGAUUUCUGUAUUCCUCAAGAACAAGGCUGAAAUGUUUUUGUGUGCAUGAAAGGGUUUAGAUAUUUA